CUUUUUUAAAGUAUGGAUUCUCUUCAUACGCGUGCAACUGAAAGUCUGCUCCCUGGCAAUUAAAGCAAUUCCUAAAAUGGUCUCCGUAGCUAAAAAUAUAACACGUGCCUCAAUAACCUAUUCAGGGUAUGCGUUAUAAGUAAACUACAUACCCUGUGUUGUCAAAAUAAACCGUUAACGUAGAAGAAAGUUGGACAUCGACAUUGUUUUUAAGGGAAAUGUGCUCUGCGAAUGUGUGAAAUGGACGAGACUUGAAGAUUCAUAUCGACAAAUCUGGGCUUAAUAUUAAUUUUGAACCGUCUUAUAUUCAAGACCGGUAUUGGAAUGCUGAAGGAUUAACGAAAAAUAUAAGACCACGUGCAGCUGUGGUCAUAUUCGUAAACAAAAGCCAUUACGUUUAGUGCAAAACAAACGACAAUAACAAAAAGACCCCAGGAUAUUGCUUAAAGUAGAAAAGCCAAGCCUGGUCAGGAAACAAAUACGUACCGCUUUCCAGCAUUGCUAUUAUUUUAAAGGGUGAUGAUGAUCACGUGACCCGGAAGUGUUAGGAAGUAAGAGUGUGAUUGGCUGUCAGGACAAGCGAAAGAUGGCGGAUGAGGAGCUGCAGGAAACACGGAGGGAGACGGAUGGGGUGACCUGCCUUGGCUAUGACGAGGCCAUUAUGGCGCAGCAGGACCGUAUUCAGCAGGAGAUAGCCUCGAGCAUCCCCUUGGUCUCGGAGCGACAGCCCCUGUCAGUGCUGGAGCAGGAGUACACUCUGGAUGACACCGUAUACCAGCAGAAGAUACAAGAUUUGCACAGAAAAUACUCGUACAUCAGGAAGACGCGGCCCGACGGUAAUUGUUUCUACAGAGCCUUUGGCUUCUCGCAUCUGGAGUCCCUGCUGGACGACGCCAAGGAGCUGCAGAGGUUCAAAGCGACGGUGGCCGACAGCAAACGGGAGCUGGUGGGUCAGGGCUUCACCGAGUUCACCAUCGAGGAUUUCCACAACACGCUCAUGGACCUCAUCGAGCAGUGCGAGAAGCAGCCGUGCUUGGCGGAGCUGUUGGUGCCCUUUAACGACCAGAGCAUAUCGGACUACUUGGUGGUGUACCUACGGCUGCUGGCGUCGGGGUACCUGCAGCGCGAGCACGCCUUCUUCCAGCACUUCAUUGAGGGGGGGCGUUCCGUCAAGGAAUUUUGUCAGCAGGAGGUGGAGCCCAUGUCUAAGGAAAGCGACCACAUCCAUAUCAUCGCUCUGGCUCAGGCCCUGAAUGUCUCCGUCCUCGUGGAGUAUAUGGACAGAGGUGAAGGGGGCACGGUCACCCGCCACGUCUUCCCAGAAGGGAGUGAGCCUCGCGUCUUCCUGCUGUACAGACCGGGCCACUAUGACAUCCUCUACAAAUAGUGCCCCCUUGUGGUCUUGUGCUGCUACUGAAUUAGGGAUAAGCAAUAAGGUCAGUAGUAACAAUGUAUUUAUUUGUACAAAACACCAGUUUGGUACACAGGGAAAAAAAUGCUAAAUAAGUUAAUUAUUUAGUCAGGUUGGCCAUUUUUCCUUACGCCACAGAAAUAAAAAUUUGUUUAUAGUUGUGACUUGAAGUAUUUUGCAUUUGUACAGUUUUUCUUUUCCUGCAGUUUAUAAAUGGUUUUACAAUUUUUUUUUUUCUUUGCCGAAUUCGUUUUCCAAUUUUAAUGAGAUCUGAUUAAUUUUGACUUAUUUAAUAAAUCUGAUUUGUCUGUCUGAUUAUUUCCCAAACUUGUUUAACUAACACACUAUCUAGGCCUAUAGCCAGAAAUAAAUUUUGUGGGCAUUGGGCAA